AUGUCUAAAAACCUAAAACUUCCCCUGCAAACUAGGAUCUCGACAUCCCCAAAUGCAGCUUCACGCAAGACCUCAAAAAGCAAACCCAAAAGGCAAGCACCGCCGCCGUCCACGUUGCUUACUUCGCCAAUCGCCGAACCUCGACCUAGUAGAAAGGGCAAAGAACGAUACAUCGAAGACGAUAUCGCCAUGACUGACGAUGAUUUUCAUCCAAGCACCUAUCCUCAGCAUGACCCCCUUGCUUCCGACAGUGUUGAAAGUUCCGAGGAUGAUUCUUUCGAGCCAAUGAGAGGGGCUAGUAGGGGCAUGCGCGGUAGCAGACAAGCUAAUCGUAUUGGGCCACCGAUCACAGUUGAUGAAGAGAUGAAGAGGCUGAAUCCAGUGCAUCGAGAUGUUGUUGAUGAUUUCGUUCAGCAAGCCAAGACACUAGAAGAGUCAAUCCGAAAUAAGAAUGGUCACAGGAAACCUUAUUUCACGGAGCUUGAGUUCAGACAAAUGGCAAUCCGCUGGACUAUAAGCACGACUUUAAUGUCACAAAUUCCUGGAAUCAGCAAAGAAAACAUACAUGCCCACGGCAUGCGAUUUUUGAAGUUACUGGACGAAAGCCAUUUCUCCUAUAGGCAGAUGAUGGACCCAAACUUUAAGCCGGAUAAAAACCACUUGAUAGUCGACUUGGUGAGCGAAAGUGAUACGGAAGAUGAGUCCGGAGAGCAGUCGGAAGAGUCUUCUCGGUACUUUCACGAAGUCAAUCCCGCUGUGCAAGCGUUCAAUGAGCGAAUGGAGAUGGCAGCACAGAUUCCGAGGACCCAACCUAUAGAAGCUGAUUCGUCUAAAAGAUCAAAUCAAAAAAGUUUUCAUGGUUAUAAAUCGAAAUCUCGGUUUAACAACUACAGGCGAAAGAGUGGUGGAUCGACGUCAAGCAAGGCAGGAUCAAGCAGUGGUGUUACGAAGAAGCGAGCACCUACGAGUAGCAGGAAAAGCACAGCAUCCAAGGGAUCAAGUUUAAUGUCACAGUUUGGCAGAAGUGGUGGAGGUGGUGGUAGUAGUAUAAAUCCUAUGCCGACGUGA